GCAGCAGCAGUGAUUGUGACAUGGCACACCGUUCUCAGUGUUCGACUUUGGGUGAUGUAGAUAAUGAUCCCAGUUAUGUCCCACCUCACUAUAAGGAGUAUUACCGCAUUGCUGUUGAUAUCCUCGCUGAGGAGGGAAUCGAUGCUUACUACCAUUUCCUGGCAGAAGAGAAAGAGGUGGAUUUUCUCAGCAGCACUGAGAUUGAGCACAUUAAUAAGCACCUGAAGAAACCUCUGGUACCUUUGGAUGAGCUUCAGUUUGUUGGAGGCGACUAUGAUGAAUCGGACUCAUCAGGCACCUAUUGGCCAGUUCAAACUGACAUUGCUGCGCCAGCACUGGAUCUAGGCUGGCCGAAUAUUCACAUGUGCAGGGGACCCUCUGAUGUUACUAUUUUUGUGCAUCCACCAGCGCCUGACACGCUCAGCAUCAAGGAGGAAUUCAGGAGACUUAUCAGAUCAGCUACCCAGGUUAUCGCAAUUGUAAUGGAUAUUUUCACUGAUCUUGAUCUGUUUGCUGAGGUGCUGGAGGCUGCAAGUCGUGGGGUUCCUGUCUACCUCCUAUUGGAUGAACUGUUGUCUCAUCACUUUCUGGACAUGGUCAAGAAAUGCCAAGUGAAUCUGAGUCACAUGCAUUUCCUGAGAGUGAGGACAUUAACAGGAUCAACCUACACCUGCAAAUCUGGGAUGUCUUUUACUGGCAGCUUGAUAGAACGAUUCAUGCUGGUGGAUUGUAAUGCAGUUCUCUGUGGUUCCUACAGCUUUAUGUGGUCCUUUGAGAAGAUUCAUCGCAGUAUUGUUCAACGAUUUCAGGGAGAACUUGUAGCAAUUUUUGAUGAAGAAUUUCGAAUUCUUUUUGCCCAGUCUCACCCUCUCCCUGGUGUAGAGAAUCUCAUGCCAGAACCAGAUAAUUUUUACACAGUGAAACCAUACCAGCCUACUGACAGAUGGCGACGCAAACAAAGCCCUAGAUUUAAGCAUCAAGAGGACAUGCUUUCACAGCAUUCUGGUUAUUCAUGGGCAGACCCAGAUCGUGAUCAGUUUGGCCACAGUUUUAGACAGAAUGAUGUCUACAGGCAAAACAAGGAGGAAGUUGGCAUCAGAGGCUUCAUGAGACAGUUUACACAGAUUCAACAGGACGAUUUUCGGUUUGAUCCUACAUCCAGUGCUGUUAUGAGAGCAAAGCAGAUGGAAAUUAACGCAUUUAAAAGGAGAAGUUAUGCAGAAGGGACUUUUGAAAGUUACGAUUCUAUGGAACGUAGAUACGGAAGAAUAAGUGAGCAUUAUGAUGAAUUAGAUGCUAGAUCUGAGCAAUUAUUCAGAGAAAAGAGGUAUCCUUUGGAGCCUGGAUUAACAAGGAAUAGGUUCAGCUCAUUUAACAGUAAGCAUCUAAAUGAUGGCCUGGGAAUACUUGAACGAUUUAGACAAAACAGAACAACUCAGCAUCAGUACAAUGAGUCAGCAGAACAACCAAGGCACUGGUACGAUCUAAAGAAUCGUGAAGAGUCCUGUCUGACUGGUUUACCGCUCCAUCCACUUCCGGCAAACUAUGAACCUUCCAACUCCUCCAAAGAGGUCCGGCAUGGUUCAAGUGAUCUUGAUCCAGUAGGUGAUGGAAGGCUAGGGCAGAAAAUACAGAAGCGGCCCAACAUUGGCCAAUCAUAUGCCUGUCAAAAGUCACCAACUCAGAAACAGGUUCUGGAUCCAAAAAUGCUUUUCACAGAGUCCAGUCUGGGUCGAAAGUCUGAUGAUCAACCCACCAAACAUGGGCUGAGAAGAUGGAGAAUUGGCUCCUAUUUCAGUUAUCAGGAUGAGCACCCCGAGCAGCUUGAAGAUGAUGUUUCUAUACCAGAUGAAUCUCAGAGCAACAACGAAGUGCUUCAUGUUUCAAGGCAAAACACAGCACCUUUAGAGAAACCCUUGUUCAGAGAACCUACACAUAUUACAAGUUAUAAACGUUUGGAUUUCUAUAACUCAAAGUCUCCAAAAGCAGACUUAACUGAUGACCAAUCUCUUUCAUCGGAUAAAGGAUUUGAGGAGCGGAAUAUGAAGUUGGCAAAACAUGAAUCCAUGCGUAGUAAACUCAACCCUAUGUUGCAAAGGAGCUCCAGACUGCGUUCUUCACUGAUCUUCAAUAAUUCCAAAACAGAACAACAUAUCGCACAAAAAGGGAAAGGAAUCCGGAGCAUCAGGGAGCAGAAACAGGAAGAAGAAAAGGAACCUGAAGGGAUUCGGGAAUCUAAAGCAGCUGCAGAUUUGCAGGAAAAUAGUAGCAAUGACCAAACCAAACUAAUCCAAUAUUCAAUGCCUGACAAGAACUUGCCAAAUGAAACUCCCAAAACAUUUGAACCAAAUUCCAAAGAGGUUUUUAUUGGAAAACCACUAGAUUUGGACCUGGGUAGGCAGCAGACUGACUCUGCUUUGGGUGGUCAUGACCCAGACACUCAAACGAGUGACCAACAUAAAGCAAGGCCAAAAGUAGACCUUCAACUGAGCAAAAAGGUACAAGAUGCCAUUAACAAAAUGACCCAGCGUACAUCAUUAUCAAAAGAAAUUAAAACACCACAUGUCGUACUGUCAGCAAAGACUGAAAAGCUGCCUCUGGACAAACCAGAAAAGGCCUUUAAUUCUGUAGCAGGGCAGCAAGGACCCCCACCCUCUCAGUUAGCUAUUGAGUCUUUGCAGCCAGGAUUCCCACCCUCUGAAUCAGCUUCUCCAAAUAAUGCUAGCAAUCCCCAAAGAUCCUCUUCUACCUCAAAAUUGGAAGAUGCUAAUGGCAAUUUAGCAAAGAUUAAGAUGCAUUCAUCUGCUGUGUGUCUGGACACAAGAGAGAGUAAAGAGGAUGAGACAGGAGUGGAAUCUGCAAUUUUAAAUUCCAUUUCAAAGAGUCCUUCAAGAUGGAAAGGUUCUCUCAACCUUCCUGGUGAUACAAAAUCAAAAGAAAUGCACAGCAAUGUCGACGUAGGGCAACCUCUGACUCCAGCCAUAGAAAAUAAGAAUCCUGAAAAGCCAUCAAAAACUAUCCAUAGUGAGAUGGUACUUGCCAACUCCGAGAAAGAGGAGAAACCACGUAGGACUCCAGUCAACCCCACUGCACCCAAAGGUUUACAAACAGUCCAAGGAAGCAGGUUUUCCACAUCUACCUCCAAUGCCCUUUACAGCAGCAAUCUUCGAGAUGAUACCAAGGUCAUCCUAGAGCAAAUCUCUGCCAACAGCCAGAAGAAUCGAGCUGAGAGUGCCAAAGUGCAUCAUGCCAGCACCAAUGAGAAUAUAACUCCUGGAGAAUCAGAGGAAAAGGUUACUCCUGAGUCAGAUAAAACAGACUCUGAUAAAAAGCAGCAAUUUGGUGUCUCAGCAAGGUUUUCAAACUCGAUUAAAAACAAAGGCAAAGCCCAGGAUACACCUGACUAUAUAGAUCCUUUAAUUAAGAGGAUGGACAGUUUUCGAAAAGAGAAACGAGUAUACAGCAGGUUUGAAGUUUUCUACAAGAAAGAGGACUCUUCAAAAGAAGAGACUUCUCCAGGCCAACAAGGUGAUGGAUCACAAGAUUCGAAGGACACAGACAGUGGAGACAAAAAGAAAGCUUCAAAAAUAAUUCCCAAGCUUCUUGGGACAUUUAGGAGGUUUUAAUGCUCUAUGUAAUUUACUAAACUAAGUGGAGUUGAACCAUAAGUACUCAGACUGCUAGUUGUUGGGUGCUUAUAUUGGUGAUUUUUGUUUAAAGGUGCAGAAUAUCGAACACUGCUAUAAAUUGUAAGAACAGUUAACCAUAUACAAAUGCUUCAAAUAUCAGAUUUUAGAUAAGUGCAGUAACAUACAGCAAGACAAGGAAGAUAGCACUCUGAUCCACUCACUGUAAUGAAAGAAUCUUUAAAAGUUGGAUGAGAGUCAAGAGUUGGUUGGAGAAGAAAGGUGUGUAGACCUGGGCAUUAAAUAUUUUCAUUUUACAAUCUACCUUAUGUUUAGGAUUUCAUGGUGCUGGCAGAAUAUAUACAAUCUUAUAAAGUCAACAACUGAACUGGGUGGGGCCGGGUCUCUUGUCAUCAAUAGCACUGGAAUACUGGUACCUGAACAUAGUCUUGAACAUAGAGUCACCUUGAAAGAAGAAAAGAUUGAGCACUCUCAGAAAUUGGGGAAGAGUACACAAAAGCAGAUAAAUAUUUGCUCUCAGCUACCUUCACCCCAGCCCCACCCCCCUCCCAUUUAUCUCUCCACCCCCGACAGUCCCAGCUUCA